UCAUUUUGCAGCAUAUUAUUCUAAUGUAAAAUAAAUGUACGGUGUAUUCACUAAUGUUUUAUGGUAUAUUGAAUUCGUUUUUAUGGCAAUAUUAAUAACUGGAUUCUUCUGUUUGGUUCUGUACAUAGGAAAUUCCAAUUACAGUACAUACAAUGCACAAUUUGAUAUGCGCCGAAGAUUUCAAAACUUCCAAGGACCGCAAAGUUCCCGAUUUCCAAAAAACGAGGACAGAAAUAUUGAUUUGAAUCGACGUGAUACUCGGCCGAUUUGCUGCGACUUAGGCUGCAUUUGGUUCUGCAGUCUCAUAGGCAGCGUCGCCAUUAUUGCGGUCUGCUACUGGGGAGCUUACACCUUUAUUUCGGAAACCAAUCUCAAGUUCGGCUUGUUUGUUCCUUAGAAUUUAUUACUAAAUAAAAUUAUUC